UAAAAGAUGUACUCUCAGUGCUCUUCAAAACCUGAACAGGAAUUCCAAAAGGAAUUAAAAGAGAGAUUUUUUUUAUUUGAUGUCUCGUUCAAAAGUGGAUAUCUUUUGUCUGGCUACAAAACAGCAAGUCACAAGAAACAUUAUACAUGUCCAUAUACUUUUUUUCUAGAUGGAACUUGCAGGGACAGUGCAUCUUUAAUGUACAUAGAAGGCGCAUGUUUUGCUCAAGUUUUGUCAUUGUUCUUAUAGUAACCCUUCCAUUUUCUGUUUAAAUACUAUUUGAAUACAGAUAAAAAUGGCUACAGCUCUUGAGAAGAUAAGCAACCAUCUUUCCUGUGACAUAUGUCAGGAGAAAUACAAACGGCCCAAGGUGCUGGAUUGCCAGCACAGUUUUUGCGAGACAUGUCUGGAGAAAUACUACACCAGCAGGUAUGCAGGUAAGCCUAAGAUUCCUUGCCCUGUCUGUCGACGGGAGACGGUACUUCCAGAGACACGCAUUCAAGGCCUGAAAACAAAUUUCCAUUUGAUGGGAAUAGUUGAGGAGGUUUCACUCCAAGAAAAGGUGGCUUGUUCAGAAAACACAAAGGUCAUCUGUGAGAUUUGUGAUGAGGGAAACAAGGCUAUGCUUCGUUGCCUGGACUGUGCACAGAAUAUCUGCCCAAACUGUCGCAAGAUACACUUGCGAUUUGCUGCUACAUCAAACCACACAGUGGCUACUUUGGAGGACAUUCGUCAGGGGAAGGUAACAGUGAAAAAAACACCAGAAGAAGAUGAGUCUAAAUGCCAGAAACACAAAGGAGAAGUGAAACGAUUUUACUGCGAGACAUGUGAAGAGUUAAUCUGCCGAGAUUGUACUGUAGUAGACCACCGUGAACCAAAACAUCACUACAUUGACUCUGGAGAGGCUUCUCGCAAAUACAAACAGUCACUGACAGAUAUGUUUCCAAAUGUCACCACAGGCAUAAAAAUACUUCAAAAAGCUUUGGCCACUUCAUCACAAGGUAAGCAGAAGUUCACACAGAACGUCACAAAGACUGUGAAAGCUGUGAAAGACAAAGCGGAUAAAAUGAGAGCUGAGAUAACAACUCAAGAGACAAAGAUGAUUGAAGAAAUCAAACAACUCCAGCAGGAUCGCAACAAAACAUACAAUAAGCAUCAGGAAACAGUGACAAUGAUGCUACAAAGUAAACAACAUUCCUUCAGUACAGCUCAGGAUGUCAUAAACACUGCAUCAGACACUGACUUGCUUUUCCUCUAUCCUAUCAUCAACAAAGACUUGAAAUCUCUCAAGAGUCAAAAUCCUCCCCAGAUUGAUCCCAAGCUUUCAUAUCUGAGCUUCACCCUGGGUCAGAGGAUUGGUGACAUCAAUCUGGGCAGGCUUGAGGUGGAAACAGGCAAGUGGGAGAUGUGUCGUGAGAUUGGUAAAGGGGGAAGUGGUCCAGGAGAGUUCAAUGGGGCUCGGGAUGUUACUGCUACUCAACCUGGUGAGAUUGCUGUGGCAGACUGGGUGAACAACCGAGUGGUCAUCUGCAGCAAUGAGGGACAACACAAGGGAACCAUUCCCCUACAAUAUCCACUGGCAGUUGCAGCCAUCCACAAUCCUGAGCAACGCUUGCUUGUGUUGGAAGAUGAAAGCAAGUAUGUCAAGGUGUUCAACAUGAAGGACAACACUCUUGUAAAGCAGUUCCCAACGAUGCCCAAGCAUCAGGUAGACAAGAUAGAAAUGGACCUAUCGAGUCUAGCAGUAACAAAGAAUAGCAUCUUAGUAGGCGACACCGACAAUAUGGUGUGGACUGAACACAAACCCACUGAUGGUGAGAUCCUACACACCAUACCAGUGCAGACUCCACCUCACUACCUGGCUGUGGAUGACGACACUGAUAGAGUUGUGGUCAGUGGAUGGGACACAAACAAAGUGGACAUUGCUGAUGGCGAAGGUAAAACACACGCCAUAAUUCAGCCAACCAUCAAUGGUAAGCCGGUGGAAUACUGCCGUGGUGUAUGCUGUGACAGCUCAGGCAUCUACCUUGCAAUGCACCAAGUUGGGCCUGGCACUGGUCAUAUUCACCAGUAUGACCUAGAUGGCAGGUUUCUUGAUUGCCUGGCUCAGGGUCUGUAUGCCCCACGUGGAAUCACAUUCACAUCAGGUGGCCAGCUGGCAGUGGCUGACUACUACUCGAUCAAGAUGUAUCACAAGGUGUGAUGUCAUCCAACAUGAUAUUGACUAGCAAUCAUCAUCAUCCCAACAGCAAAUGUUGAGGAUGAAAUUGUCCAGUCAUUACAGCACCAAUCAACAUUCAUGUCCCACUCAUAUCACAUCUCUCCUCAAAAAUCCAAACUGCCAGAUCCCUCUGAUGUGAACCGUGUUACCAUACAAAUUCUUAAUAAACAGUGCAUCAAUUACAUUAUGUUACUAUACAAAGUCUUAUAUAAACAGUGUAUUGACUACAGUUACAUUUGAUUUGAUUGGGGGACAAUUUGUUUUAAUCUUACAUGUACAUAUGUAUGAUGACUGGAAUCUAUUAUCUUUGUCUAAAUGGUAAAUUUGAAAGGAGAGGGGAAUUCAGUGAGUGUUGAGGUGUUUGAAUGUAAUGACCCCGCCUCCUCAACCCAACACCCCUCCCUCACCCAGUACAUGGAUUGCCAUAAAUCUGUCCAAUACUUACCAACUUUAUGUGGUGUUUAUGAAACCCCGGCUUCGUUGUGGCUUCCGCUUCAUCUCUGGCACUAGAUUCCU